GCCACUGGGUCCUGUUCAGUCAUUUUUUCAUCUUUGAAUUAGUUAUUGGUUUACUAUGUAAUACUACUUGUGGAAUAUAAUUAAGGAAUGAUACACACUCUAGUAAAAUGUCAUGAAAUUGCAGUGCAUGCAAAAUUUACUCCAGAAAGUUUGCGCAAUCGCGAUUCUGUCCGUGGCGCCACCUCAAAUUCGCGACUUGCAAUUUGCGCAUUCUACAUACCAAAGAAUUCAGAAUUCUCUAUAUAUGUGUACACUAGUGAACAUGAAUGCUUCCUAUUGUACAUUGGCAACACCAUCUCCGCAAGGGAGGCAUUUAUGUUCGCCAAUGUACCUCCCGCUAUUAUCUUUAAACCUAACCUCAAUUUCCACUUCCGCAACAGCCACGGAAACUUGGCUGGGUGUUAUCAUUUUUGUGACCGACCUGCUGAAAAAUGCUUUCUCGUGGUCGUGGAUGGACAAGGCACGAAGAUCACGAGACUGUGCUUCGUAGACCAGGAAAAACCGUCUCACAGGAUACAGAAUUUAGCAGUCUUGUCAAUGAAAUCUACAAGCUUGGUUUAAGCAGUUCACCCUCUGUAGAGGAGGUUAAUGAAAUCGCAAAAUUGAUUACCAGCAUAGCAGACAAUAAUAAACUACAGCAACUUAUCGAGCAGUUGUACAAGCAAGCUCUAGAGGAUCGAGACUUUGGAAUAAAACUGGCAAUAGUCUUAAGUGAUAAAUAUAUUUGUUGUAUUUCCAACACUGAUACUAUGUUACGUUCCUUAUUAUUGACUGCAAUGCAGUCUGAUUUCAAUCGAAAGGAAGAAUUAAGGGAGCAAAAUAAACAACAAUUUCUUAAUGCUGUAUCAUUUCUGGGAGAAAUAUAUUAUCGAUUUCGCCUUUGUGGGACACCAGUGAAAGUACUUGCAAUUCCUCUAUUGAAUUAUAUGAAGAUGUUACUUGAAACUGCUUCGGAAGAAGAUAUUGAGCUUGCCACGACUCAGGCUUCGAUUAAUGGCAGAAAAAUUUAUGAAAAAAAUCAAGUUGAACUGGAACAAUUCCUUAUCAAUGUUCGAACAGUUCUCAUAACUCGUAAUCUUAGUGCACGGUCUAGAGGCAUGCUACUUUUCAUUCUUGACUUAGCCAAUCAGCGCUACUGUCCGCUUUCUGGUGAUCUGCAAGACUUUUAUGUAGAACAGCUUGGCACAAAAGUCUUGAUACAGAUUCAGCGACAUGAUGAGGAUCUCACAAUAAAUACAAAAUCUAAGGAUCGUAAUGUUAAAGAUUCAGGAAUUAAUUCAGAACAAGGAAGUGAAAAGAAGAAAUCUGAGAAGUCCAAACCAGAAACGAAUUCAACAAACAACACUAUUGGAAUUCUUAUGAGAGCUCCAAAGAAUAAAGGAAAUACCCAAGUUGAAUCAAAAACCAUUUGCAGUGAACAAUCGACUACUGUCGAUGAUCAGAAAAAUACUUAUACAGAUCAAAAAGGUGUUCACGGGGAUCACCGAAAUUUUCAAGCUAAUGCUUGUAUGAAAAACUUCUCCGGUGCAAGUGCUCCAGUGCCCAGAGCCAUUCGUGGUUCUGGGGUAGCAGAUAGUGGCAAGGAACAUAAAAAUGAUAAAAAAUCCCCUAGAGGAAAGAAAGAUAAGUUGACAGAUGAACAAGUUUGGUCAUCGAAACAGGUUACCAAUAGCAAAGUGUGGGGUCAUGAUGACCGCUUUGAAAAAGAUUACAAUUGAAAAAAAUAUUAUAUUGAUAAAAGCUACUUCUAGAUGCGAAUUAGAUGUAUCACAUACCUAAAUUCCAUUGACUAAAUUUGAAGGGCAAUCAUGUUUAAAAGAAUUAAGUUUAACGACGUAGCAAUCCUGCUUCUUAUGAUACAUUGAAUUCUACUGACAUCUAAAGGAGGUCAAAUAAGGCGCUUGUAUUAUUCUCUGUGAAUAAGUUAAGUAAAUUUUUUAUUUAUGGUGCCAAUGGAGAGCCAUAUGAAAUUGUACUAUAUACACUUAUAAGGAUAUAUUUAUUAAAUUGCGUUAUAGCUAAUUAUAAGUAUGAUUAAUAAUUUAAUUUAAUAACUCGCAUUAAUAGGCCAAAUUAUUUUUAUUCUUUACCAGUAUAUAGAUACCGUUAUUAAUUAAUCAAUUACGUAGAUAUGUAAAAUUAUAAAGACUUUGUAUUAAUAGUAAUCCAAUAUAGGUAAGAACCUCAUUUUAAUAUAAAUAUAUCAUACAUUAAUUAAAAUUGUUCGACUUGUAUGUACGAGAGAUUAAUUUCUGACUUUAUACUGAUAUAAUACAUUUUCAUCACAGUA